AUGAGAGCUAUUCAAACUCAUGUGCUAAUCUUCUUCAUCUUAGUCAUAAUCGCAACAACGUCAACAAGAGCCCAAGAGAUCAGUCCUCAUCAUCAUCAAAACAACCAUGACCUCUCCAUCGCAAUAGAAGAAAUGGAGAAAGCAAACUACUUCUCAUUCGUGAUGCUCAUCAACAUGUUACACUCCACAAACCCUAGACUCUUAUCCAAUAUCACAUUCUUGAUGCCAAAGGACAAAACCCUUUCAAGAUCAAACAUUAUCCAACAAGAUUCCGUCUCCGAGUUCUUGCUUCGCCACUCGAUCCCUUCUCCUCUUCUCUUCGAGCAUCUCAAUCUCAUCCCCAACGGCUCCAUUGUUCCAUCCUCUUUACCACAUUACACAAUCAAGAUCACAAACGGUGGAAGAUUAAACUACUUUGUCAACAACGUCAAGAUCAUAAGCCGCAACAUUUGUAGCUUAGGUUCUAUCAAAUGCCAUGGCAUCGACGGUAUAUUACCAUCUCCAAGUGCUGUCAACGAUGAUUCUCCUCGUGGAAAUCACACUUCACCGUUCAUUUCUUGCCCUAGUAGUCAUGACAACAAUAGUGAGCACGAUAGUCCUCAUAACAUUAGUAGUGAUCACAAUAGUUCUCGUCCUGAUGAUCAUAAUCAUGCUCAUAUUGCUCCUCCUCCGACCAGUAGUACAACUCUUGUGCCAAAAUCAGAUUCUUCUACGAUUCGUGAGGAGUAUACGCCAGGUUUUGUGCUUCUUCUCGGAUUACUAUCGGGCGUGAUGGGAAUAGGAAUGGCCAUGUAA